UCAAUUUUAGAUCACAGAGCGAAUAAUAAUGCUUGGUGCCAGAUUGCCUAUUGGGAACUAUCGCAGCGCGUUGGGGACCUGUUUCACGCCAGGAGGUUGGCAGUUAAUAUCCACACAGACGGACCAGUGGACAGCACCGGAGAGAACAUGUGCCUACGGGAAUUUUGUGGGAAGCAAACAUCGUCGGAUGCAGUCCAAAAGACGCGUACAAAGAUCGGUCUAGGUGUGACCUUAAGUCUGGAGUGUGGGGACGUGUGGAUAUAUAAUCGAAGCAAUGUGCCGAUAUUUGUGGACUCGCCAACGCUUUCCGAGCGUUGGGACCGGGUGUGUAAAGUGAUGCCGGGCUAUUGUCUCAAAGCCUUUGAAACACACAGGGCUCAAUGGCUGGCCGAAAAGCAGAUGGAGCAGACCCAUUUGGGGCCAAUCGAUCGGUUUAGUAUGAAGAUCAGUUUCGCCAAGGGCUGGGGUAACAUGUAUCGUCGACAGGAUAUUAUGUGCUGUCCCUGCUGGCUUGAAGUACACUUCAGCCAUUUGCGGUGACAAUGUCAGUCGCCAGCUGAUGCUUAUGACUUCGCAGCAGCAGGAGCAGCAGGAGCAGCAGAAGUGUUACGUCUACCGGGAACAGUCAGCACUAGCCCGAUGGGCGACAAGCCCUAUGUGUACUACCGGUAGCAACAGCAACAGUCAGUUUAUAAGAUGCGCAUGAGACUGGGUUGUGUAAGCAUGUACAUUAAGAUGACUCCCAGCAGCAAUUGGCACAAGGAGUUCGAAAUUGCAGCAAACGGGCUAGCAAGCAACUAAUCAUAAGGGGCAACAAUGGACUGCAAAUUAUAUACUUUAAAAAGUUAAACUUAA